AUUCGCGGGCGCCGGGCGUUUGCGCAGCUGUUUGGAAUUAUGCCCGCACUUGACGCUCGAUACUACCUCUGAAGUUGUCUGACCACGCGUGCAUUGAUUGGCAAGGCCACUGCUCGCGCGGCUGCGCAAUGCUCCGGCGGCCAGCCAGAAUGGUCGCUCGUAAUGACUGAUCAUAUCUUGCUCUCCCGUAGUAGCGUGCUAGGGGCGCCAUGGAUUACCGGGCCGAACGGAAACAAUUUCUACGCUGGUCACAGGACCCUGUCAGAGCACGCUAAAUAGGUGGAAGCGGGACAUCAUUUCUGUGCCGAGCCCCAGACUUCAAGUGACGUGUUUCUGCCGCCAGCCGCAAGUAGCUGGCUAGCCGUGGCCGUGACAACCGAGGAUCCCCGAGAGACAAGAGGAGGGUCGUUUGGCAUCGAUCAGGUGGUGCUUGUGACAGUGUAGCAUGGGCAGCGUUUGCCUCACUUUGGCCGAAAGAAGAAACACCGCCGAGACUAGGGCGCCCAUCAAGGAAUGCGUAGUGUCUUCACCUUACCCGGCCCUAGAACUGCUUCCAGACGAAUCCUUCUACCAGCACGUCCAGAGGCGCUUCUUGGAACGCCCGGAUAAGUCAGCACUGGAACGAGAUGGAAAAUGGCUCAGCUUCGCCAAAGCUCUAUCCCUCAUGGAGAGCUUUGCCAGCGGCUUCCAGAGGCUGGGUGUCUCAGCAGGAUGCCGUGUUUGCGUCAACGUGUCCAACUCGGCGGCAUCGCUUCUCGCAUCCUACGCCCUCUGCUGCACAGGAGCGGCCGUCGUGCUGGCCAAACCGUCGCUGACAGAACGUGAAAUUUUGUACCAAGUUCAAGAUAGUGGAGCCACAUUCAUCCUGACAGAGAAACAAAACGUUGACAAGAUUUUGAACAUACACCAGACUAGUCCUUUUAAGGGCCUGUUUUCGAUUGAGCGGGUAGACGGUUUCCACUGCGUUCAAGACUUCGAGAAAGAGGAUGGCAGCUCUUUCGAGGAGCCUUUCGUCGAUGAUGCCCGAGCCCACAUUAUGGUCUACACCUAUACAUCAGGCACCACAGGCUUACCGAAAGGAGUGGAGAUCAGCAUGUACGCGUUCAUCGCGUCCGUGGAGUUGUGCAGGGUGGCCGAGUUGUUCUACGAGGAAGAAGUGUUUCUUGGAUGGAAUCCUUUGUCACAUGCUUCAGGAUUUAUCCUGCCAAUGAUCGCCCUGUGUUGUGGAGCUAAAGUAGUUCCCUCACGUGGAGGACUCUCCGCCAAUGAGUUCGUCGAAGUUGUAAACGAGCAUCAGGUGACGACCCUGUGUGCCUUUCCCACUGCGUUUCGUAAGCUGGUCUUCAGUUUGGAACCAGGAUUGGCGCCAUCGCUGAAGAGAAUCUUGAUGUGUGGCACCGUUUGCCACGAGGACCUUUACCGGAGAAUAAUGCAGGUAUUCCAAUUGACAAGUUUGCGAAAUGGUUACGGCUUGUCUGAAAUCAUCGGCUUUGCCUGCGUCACUCCGCCGAACACACAUAGUCACAGCAGCGUAGGCCACCCACUGCCGAUGGUGGAAUACAAGGUAGUGGACAGCCACACCGGAAAACCACUGGGACCUGGUGAAACGGGAGAGAUUGUCUUUAGGUCACCGCAUUUGAUGCGAGGUUAUCACAACAGACCCGGUGCAACUGCGGAGGUGAUUGAUGAACAUCGCUGGUUUCGAAGUGGUGACGCUGGCUACUAUGACAACGAUGGCAACCUGUAUGUGGUGGAACGUGUCAAAGACAUGAUCAAGUGUCUCGACCAGCAGGUGGCACCAGCGGAAAUAGAGGCUCUAUUGUCUCGCCAUCCACUCGUUCUGGACUCAGCGGUAGUAGGCAUCGAACAUCCCGACUUCGGGGAGGCGCCGACCGCCUUCGUGGUGGCCGAACCAUCCGGAAAAGGACGCAUUGAAGAGGAGCUGAGGCAACUCGUGUCCGAACAAGCCGCCUUCCACAAGCAUUUGCACGGAGGAGUCGUCUUCGUUGACAGCAUUCCCAAGACGGACACCGGAAAGUACAUGCGACGACAGCUGCGAUCGCAAUAUCUGGCGACGCUUGGAAAAGCCACGUAGGCUUUCGUAGGUAGUCUUUGGUUGCACAUUCGUUACGUGUAUAUAACACCCAUUUAUCUAUACGGAUAGUGAGAAAUACACAUGCAGUGAGCGAAUACACUCACUAUAAAGCACGUGUGGUAAAAUUACAGCAGCCCGCAUUUCAUUGUAGCACGGAGUCAACGGAAAUUGUUCGAAGUGGCUAUAUCACUGUAUCUGCUGAUAAACACGUUUACAUUAUGAGCGCUAAGCAGAGGAGGAAGUUGCAUCACUACGCUAUUACGUACAAUAAAAGAAUGUGCAUUGGUA